AUGGUGAUUCGAGAUUUAACUCUGCGCAGUGCUGCUAGCUUUGGUUCUUUUCAUCUGAUCCGUCUGUUAUAUGAUGAAUAUAUGUUUUACUUAGUUGAACAUCGUGUUGCUCAAGCCACAGGAGAGACACCUAUUGCAGUUAUGGGAGAGUUUGGUGAUUUAAAUGCUGCGUCUCCUGGAAACAUGGAUAAAGAUGAAGGCAGUGAAGUUGAAAGUGAAAUAGACGAAGAGCUGGAUGACUCUGGAGAGCCACAAGCAAAGAGAGAGAAGACUGAAAUUAGCCAGGCCUUUCAGGUGGGCUGCCUGCAGCCAGUACUUGAGACUGGAGUACAGCAGAACCUUUUGAACCCUCUUCACAAUGAGCACAUCGUUACAGCUACUCAAACGAUCAGACAGUGUAGUGCUACUGGAAAUACAUAUACCGCAGUCUAACAAAUAUUUAAAGCUCUUUUUUCAGAUUGUAUUAGCCCUGUUGAUGUUGGGCAUAUCAUAGGGGAGGGGAGGGAUGCAAAAAAGAUUUCUGAAAGUCGACUAUUGUCAAAUUUUAUCUGUACUUUUACUGGAGUUGUGAAAUGGAAUGGGUCUAUGUAUUUUGUCAGAUUUUGGGGGGGAAAGGUAAAUACAAUCAUUUUACACUGGCCGCUUAAUAUAAAGAGUUUUCUUAGUUUCAAAAGUCAAGAAGCAUUUUUGCGAAGAUUAAUGUUAAUGUUUUUGUCCUCUUUAUAAUUAAAAGUAAUUUAAUUUUUUCAUAGUUCUUACAAAAUAUUUUAAUGUUAACUGUUAGUCAUGGUGAUUUCGUAUAAAUAGGGUUUUUAAUUAAUUGCACUCUGAAAUAUCAAGAAUUUUCCUCUUUGAUUUACACUGGAGGCAUGCUCAUUUGAUAGCAGCUGCAUUAAAAUUAUUAUUAAAAGGCAGCUUUCAUUGGAGAGAACUGGAAGAUACUAUUUUGAUACAUUUCAGAGUGCUCAACAGAUAUAUUGGAAAAUUUAUUAUAAUUCUAGAGAACAUAGAUUGUCUUCUUUCUCAGAGGAAGAGUGAUUCUUACUGUUUGCAGGAUAAAUGAGAGCUCUGAUAGCACAUGGUAAUGUGUACUUAAUAAAGGUACAGAUGAUACCAUUAUGGACAAUUCAAGCUUCCUUAAAUCAAUUUUAAAUUUUGGGAUACUAGCUCCUCUCUCAUAAGACUACUGAUUUCAGGUACAUUUUGCCCAAAAACUGACUCUGUGCAACCUCCAUUCAUUUUAAUUAGAGUUUUACAAGAUUCAAAUUAAGGCAUCUUUGAUUUACAACAAGAGCAAAAUCACAUUUAAGUGAGUGGAGGUCAUGCUACAGAAGCAUUUGUUGGGUUCUGCACUUCAUAUACAUAUGGGACCACUACCCAGAUGCAUUCUGCUCUUCAGUGCUGAUGUUAGAUACUGAAGUUUUUUAAAAAGCAUCUUGAUUCCUUCUUUAAGUGUAUGUGCUACUUAUGCUGAACUGGACAUGCAGGAAACCAUUCCUUUCAGAUGACUUUUUAAUUCUAUGUCCUUUUCCUCAUGAUAGUUCAACCUGCUGCUCUUGUUAAAGAUAGUUUAUAGGAUGCAAGGAAUGUAGCAACCUGCAUUGUAAUUUUGCUCAGAAUAAUUCCUGGUUCUUAAGUGGAUUUCAUUUUAUAUAAAAAUGUUUUAAAGGCAGUGAAACUGGCACAUGUCACUUGUACUUAUUUCCCAAUUGCGUAGAAUUUGAAUAGGUGGCUAGACGGACCAUUGCCAUUUAAGAAUGUACAUCAGGGAUCAUUGUACCUCGGCUAUUACAUGGUGCCUUAAACAGAACUGAAGCUAAGAUUUUCUUGUUAAUAACUCUUACAUUGAUUCAACAAAGUGUGCCUGUCUUCUUUCUUUCUUUCUUUCUUUCCCCCUUUCCUUCAGAUUCCCUAAACAGUAAGGGCA